GUAUACCGAAUUGUGUGGUUUUGACGAUUUCAAUGUAUGUAUAUAUGUAUAUAAUUGUUUGUUAUCGUACUAACGACGGAAAAAGAAUAACUGGAAUACUUUUUUAUUGAAUAAAAUAAUCUUGUGAUAAGAGCUUUUUAAAUGUAAUUGGACUUGUUUAAUUAUAUUUUAGUUAAUAUUCAUUGUGACAAGAAACUAUUUGUGGUCUAAUUGUUGAAAUUAAAUAAAUUUAAAAAUGAUUUUUACUGAUGAAGAGCAAAUGAAGACUAUCAAAAUAAUAUUGGCUAUUAUAAAUGUUUAUUGCCAAAGAGGAUUGAAAUUGAAGCACCUGGAAAGAGAAUUUUUAAUGUAUUGUGGAUAUCCUCUUCCAUACAAAAAAUUUGGUGUUGAAAGUUUAAGAUCUUGGAUUCUUACUCUUCCAGAUAUAUAUUUAGUCGAAGAUGAGGACGGCGAAGAAAUAUUAUUUCAGCAUAGUGAAAAAUCGAAUCACAUUAAACAACUUAUUAAUAAGCAGAAGUCUUCAGUAUACAAACAAGAUCAUGUUAUAAAAAAAAAUCAUAGCAAAAAGUCUCCACCAGUUAAUCAGUCUCAUAUUCAUCAGUCAAUAAAUGUGGUAGCAUUCAACGAGAGUAUUCGAUUUGAAGAAUUUAGUAAAUUAGAAUGUAUGCUUCCACUUUUUUAUAAACAUCAGGCCUUGGGUGACGAUUUUCUAUUGGAUAUUGCUGACACAAAGUUUGGCUAUUAUGUUCCAGAAGGAGGUCCAAAUGAAUGUGGGUUAUGUGCUUCGAAGCAAACAAUAAGGGAAUUGACAAAAAAGGUUGAGACAAUCGAUCAUCUAGCACCUAGAGUUGUCGUCAUGAUUGGCCUAACUGAUUUAUUAAUGGGACAAAACGUGAACGAUAUGAUUGCUGACUUACGUUCGUUGGUUAGUGAGUUGAAGAAACGAAAUACUAGAACAACGUUAAUAACAUUGGUUCCUACGCCAAAAAUGUUGAAUACGAGCAAAAUAUUUUUUAAUCGUAUGGAAAUAUUCAAUAAUGCUAUUUUAGACUACAGUUUUUGCGAUCAGCUGAAAUGUAAUGUAAUUGACAUGUAUACAAUAUUUACACAGGAACAAAAUAGAUUCCAAAGAAAUUGCGAUAGAUUAACAAAGAUUACAAAAAAGGACAAGUAUAAAGUAUUUUCAGAUUUUGGAAGAAAAAUUUUCAUUAGCAAUCUGAAAAAUUGUUUAAUACAACAACUAAUUGCGGGACAUUAACUAUAUAUUUAAUAUAAAAUUUCACUGUUACACAUAUGAAUUUUUUGUAGUUUGUAUUUGUUAGUAAUUGUUGUGUAUAUACGUUAUUACUUUGUGUUAUUCAUUGAUGUAGUUACUUGAUUAAUAGCUGGUCAUUUUUUGUACAUUUACAUAUGGUGUUGUAUAUAUAACUAGGUACAUGACCUUUUUUUCUCCAAAAUAUUUCACACCUAUACAUUCAUAGAGUUACAGUUUGACUGAUAACAAUGUGUAGAUAUUAUUUAAAAUUUAAAAUAAUAAAUAUUUAUUUAUCGUUUAUAUUUGGAGCAUCUGUGAUAUACUAGGUUAGUUUUAAAUACAUUUUUUUAUUAUUAAGUAUGUCAUUUUUAUAUUUAAUGUAGAUUUAUUAUUAUUUAUUGAAAUUGUAUGUUAACCACGAAUUAUUGUAUUAUUUAUAGUUUUUCUUCAGGAUAGCUGAAAUAUAAAUAUUUUUCCAUGAAA